AUGUGGUACGACAAUGAACGUGUCCCAGAGGAAGAGGGGGUGAGUAAGCUACUCGUUGGAAAGACGUUCGCCUACUUUCCCAAGUAUCCAGACGAUGAAAGUGGUCGUGUGAAGGGGGAGGGGCGACAUGGAGGGGUAAGCGCGGAGGACGAUGAGGCCCAUGGGGGGAAUGCUAACAGGAUGGACAACAUGGAAACCAUGGACAAUAUGGACAGUGCGGGGAAGGAGGGAAUGAUGGACACGAUGGAAGAGGGGGAGGACUCGAUGAAAGAAGUCCAUGGGGACAGCAUGCCGAACAUUGAGGGGGUGGAUAGUGUGCUGUUCAAUCGGAAGGAGUACGUACUAAUCCAGCAGAGACUGGGAAGGACGAUUAUUCCCCUAAACCCAGAGCUACUAGCACAGUGCACAAUGGAGCAAGAAAUCAUAGAUGGGUACUUAAGCGAGAUCCACAGAAAUGUCCGCAAGUGUUCAAUCCUAACAGAGUAUUCCUUUCUAGUGAAAGAGAUGCCAAGGGGAAUUUACUGCCUUCCACAAGAAGAUAAUUUACUAGUGUGGGAUGUCUUCAUCAUCCUCUAUAGCACUGUUUAUAAAAAUGCGAAAUUUAAAGCGCAGAUCCGAUUGGGGGAAGAUUACCCGCAUACAAUUCCUGAGGUGUUUUUUCUGUCCUCUGUUUUUCAUCCUUUUAUAAAUUUUCAAACGGGGAAAUUAAAUUUGGGGAAGCAUUUAAAUGAGUGGACUCCAAAAAGUCAUUACAUGUCUUUAAUAUUCCUCUACAUGAGAAAUAUUUUUUAUUUACAAGAUGAAUACUGUAAGGAGAACAUCGAGAAUGAAGAGGCUUAUUUUUUACUCAACAAUGACCGCGAGUUGUUUCUUCGGAAGGUUCACGAGUGUGUGCAGAAAUCCAAUGAGCAGCUGUACCGCCAGGUAGACAGCUGCAUGUUUAACUUUGGCACUGAGGUGGCAACCCGAGAAAUCACCCACAUGAUGGAGCAGGUGAAGGAGGACCCCCUGUGCAGCAGGAAGGCAGAGGCGUUCAUACACUGGCUCAUCAACGACUACGCGGGGGGGCCCAGCCAGGAGGUCAUCCGUCUGGACACGCCAAGUGAAAAAGUCAUCAGUGAGGACCCCCCCCUCGACGGCGCGACGGAGGGAUGUGCACCCCCGAAUGAAGUGACCCCCCAGUGUGACGACGCCAAACGGGAGGACCAGCAUGACGGCGCAACGUCCCUGGACUCCAUCGACGUUCAGCACCUCCGGAGGGGCAGAAGGAACAGGUAA